AUGCAUCAUCCCCGAGCAUGUGACGACCCCGCAAGGCUGCUGUCACGGCCCCCAUCCUCCAGGGCAGCCAACCAAGGCCCAGGGAAGGUUAGGUCUUCCCUGCCCUACAGCCAGGCUCAGAGUCCUCACUUCCUGAGCUAUUGCCGCUGGGCUCUGUAUCUGCCCUCGCAGUCCUUGGUGCUCCCAGGCAGUGACUGGACCUUUCUCUGGCACUCGCCUGGCGUGGAGAACUCAGUGAGGACCAGCUGGCUCCCCGGUCUCUCCUCCUGGCUAACAGGGGUCAGGGGGCCUAUCCCUCUCCCUCCUCCAGGCUGCUACCGCUACAGCUACGUGGGCCAGGGCCAGGUCCUCCGGCUGAAGGGGCCCGACCACCUGGCCUCCAGCUGCCUGUGGCACCUGCAGGGCCCCAAGGAUCUCAUGCUCAAACUCCGGCUCGAGUGGACACUGGCCGAGUGCCGGGACCGGCUGGCAAUGUACGACGUGGCCGGGCCCCUGGAGAGGAGGCUCAUCACCUCGGUCUACGGCUGCAGUCGCCAGGAGCCAGUGCUGGAGGUCCUGGCGUCCGGGGCCGUCAUGGCGGUGGUCUGGAAGAAGGGCCUGCACAGCUACUACGACCCCUUCGUGCUCUCCGUGCAGCCCGUGGCCUUCCAGGCUUGCGAGGUGAACCUGACCCUGGAGGGCCACCUGGAGCCGCAGGGCGUCCUCAGCACACCUUACUUCCCCAGCUACUACUCGCCCAGCACCCACUGCUCCUGGCACCUCACGGUGCCCUCUCUGGACUACGGCCUGGCCCUCUGGUUUGACGCCUAUGCUUUGCGGACGCAGAAGUAUGACCUGCCAUGCACCCAGGGACAGUGGACGAUCCAGAACCGGAGGCUGUGUGGCCUGCGCACCCUGCAGCCCUAUGCCGAGAGGAUCCCCGUGGUGGCCACUGCCGGCAUCACGGUCAACUUCACGUCCCAGAUCCCCCUCACUGGGCCCGGCGUGCAGGUGCAUUAUGGCUUGUACAACCAGUCCGAUCCCUGCCCUGGAGCGUUCCUCUGCUCUGUGAAUGGACUGUGUGUGCCCGCCUGCGACGGGGUCAAGGACUGCCCCAACGGCCUGGACGAGAGAAACUGCGUUUGCAGAGCCACAUUUCAGUGCCAAGAAGACAGCACGUGCAUCUCACUGUCCAGAGUCUGUGACCGGCAGCCUGACUGUCUCGAUGGGAGUGAUGAAGAGCAGUGCCAGGAAGGGGUGCCUUGUGGGACAUUCACCUUCCAGUGUGAGGACCACAGCUGCGUGAAGAAGCCCAACCCGCAGUGUGACGGGCUUCCCGACUGCAGGGACGGCUCCGACGAGUGGCACUGUGACUGUGGCCUCCAGGGCCCCUCCGGCCGCAUAGUGGGCGGGGCCGUGUCUUCAGAGGGUGAGUGGCCCUGGCAGGCCAGCCUCCAGGUUCGGGGCCGACACAUCUGUGGGGGGGCGCUCAUCGCUGACCGCUGGGUGAUAACAGCUGCCCACUGCUUCCAGGAGGACAGCAUGGCCUCCCCCGCGCUGUGGACGGUGUUCCUGGGCAAGGUGUGGCAGAGCUCCCGCUGGCCGGGCGAGGUGUCCUUCAAGGUGAACCGCCUGCUCCUGCACCCUUACCACGAAGAGGACAGCCACGACUACGACGUGGCCCUGCUGCAGCUCGACCACCCGGUGGUGCGCUCGGCCGCCGUGCAACCCGUCUGCCUGCCCGCACGCUCCCACUUCUUCGAGCCGGGCCUGCACUGCUGGAUCACGGGCUGGGGUGCCCUGCGCGAGGGUGGCCCCACCAGCAAUGGUCUGCAGAAGGUGGACGUGCAGCUGAUCCCGCAGGACCUGUGCAGCGAGGCUUAUCGCUACCAGGUGACACCCCGCAUGCUGUGCGCUGGCUACCGCAAGGGCAAGAAGGAUGCCUGUCAGGGCGACUCGGGAGGUCCACUGGUGUGCAAGGAGCCCAGUGGCCGCUGGUUCCUGGCGGGGCUGGUCAGCUGGGGCCUGGGCUGUGGCCGGCCCAACUACUUUGGUGUCUACACCCGCAUCACAGGAGUGAUUGGCUGGAUCCAGCAGGUGCUGACCUGAGGAGCUUCCCUCCCUGCAGAGCUGGGACCCACCUCCUGGACUCAGAGAGUCCGGGGCACCCACUGGGCAGGGGAACAAGUAUUCUGGGGGCAGCAGGGGGGCCUCGUGGAGGCAGGAGGUAGCAUCCCGUCGUCCCCCAACCUGCUCCCUGACAUCUGCCCCAGGGAGGGCAACAGUAGGAGAAGAUCCAUCAGCUGGUGGUGGACUCCCCCUGCACCCCAGAGCCUGGAUGGUCAGCAGGCCCAGCUGGAGGGGUUCACAUCCAGCCCUGUUGCCUCCUGAUCCUCUCUCCUCCUUCUCCUUCUUCUGCUGCUGACUUGGGCGGGGGGGAGGGCGGGGAAUGGUUCAGCAGUGAUAAUGGGGCUUCCGGGUCCCAAUAGGGGUGUCUGAGCUCCCCUCCGCCAAUGCAGAGAGCAGAUUCAGCCUGUGAACUUGAGGGGUGGGGAUGGGAGGCACCCCCAAGGAGGGGCCCCACAGCCCUGCAGCCAGCCAAGUGGGCCAGCUGCCACCAUAAGCCAAAGGGUGGGGGGAGCCCCGGGUCUAGGGUCCUCACCCCACCCCUACCUGUCCCCUGGGCCUCCACUGCCCACUCACACCUGGAAGUGAGCUCCAUUGCCCUGAGGAAUAAAGCCGUUUGA